CAUACAUAUAUCUUCCCCUGGAAUUCGUCCAUCCCCAGAAUUUUCCAUAAAUAGACACUGAUUCAUACUAAGAAAUUGAAGAAAAGAUGGGUCUCCCUUUAUUUCUUAGACGUAUUCCGGAAAAUACAAAAGUCAGAAAUCUCCUAAAAAAUUCACUUGAAGGAGAUGAAAAAUUUGAAACAUUUGUUGGACAGAGAUUACUUGUUCCAGUUGCCGUUGCGUAUAUGAAAAAGCAAAAACUGUGCUUCCGUUAUGACAAAACAUACAGAAAAUUCUGUUGCAUGCUUUUUGGGGCUUCCCGUUUUGAAACUGAUUUACUAGAUCAUCUCGAGGAUUCAGCAUACCGUUGCAUGUAUUUUGGGGCUUCUGAACCUCAAGCAGACAGAGAAUUCUUUAAGUUACUGAUAUCAUCUGUGAAGGAUCUGAGGGUAGUCUUCACAAUCCCAAAGCAGCAAAUGUCCAAGAUUACUCCUACUCCCCAUCCUAAUGAACUUGUUGUGGAGUUUAUCGACUUUCUCAUCCAACUUUUAGAAGAAAUAAUGCCCCUUGAACCAGAUUUCAUUGUUCCAGUCAAGGGUUCAAUCAAAAACCUCCAGACAGAACUUGGAUUUCUAAUCAGCUUUCUUGGAGAUGCACCGUUACCCAUUGAGUUGGACGCAACCAAGAAUAUAUUGUCAGAUAUCGAAGUUGUUGUCAACGAGGCUGGAAAUUUCUUAUAUUCAAUAUUCUCAGCAAGUGAUGAUAGAGUCCUGACGACUGGACGAUUGAGUCUUUCUCUUUCUGAUUUCUCACAAAAGUUUGAGCUCUUGAAAACAAAGAUCAAGGAGCACUGCAUCACAGUCUCAAAGUUGCUAGGUUGUGUCGCUACAAAGCGUAGUGUGGUUUCGUUCUUCACUGUGGAUUCUCUCCUAGAUGAUCUCGAGUACUUGAUCAAUUAUAAGGCUGAAAGGAUUGUCCCAGUGAAGGAUCAAAUCAUAAUGCUCUACGAGGAGCUAUCGUUGUUGAGAUCCACCCUCAAUUAUAUAGUUGUGGCACGGCACUUACAACUUGAGGAACUUGCGAUGAAAACCAGAGACUUAUAUUAUAUGAAAUUUCAUAUGUUAUCAACUCAAUUACUCCUGUCUGGUAUCUCACCCCCAGGCUUUCUCAACUCCUGGAGAAGAUUCAUCUUGUUAAGAUGGCAAUACAAAAACGAGGAGCAGUAAUAUUGACGCUGGAAUACCCGA